ACUCCUCUUUCAACUUUGUUUAUUGCAGAGCUGCGAGCGGCACCAGCAGCAGCAGCCAUGACAACCCGGCUGAAGAAGAACCGCAAGAAGAGGGGCCAUGUGAGCGCCGGGCACGGACGUGUUGGAAAGCAUCGCAAGCAUCCGGGAGGGCGUGGUAAUGCGGGAGGUAUGCACCACCACCGGAUUCUCUUCGACAAGUACCAUCCAGGGUACUUCGGAAAGGUCGGUAUGCGCUAUUUCCACAAGACCAUGAACAAGUUCCACUGCCCUAUUGUGAAUGUGGACAAAUUGUGGUCGCUUGUGCCCGAGGCUGUGAAGGAAAAGGCCGAUGGGGACAAAUCUGCUCCUCUCUUGGACGUCACACAACAUGGGUUCUUCAAGGUACUUGGCAAGGGGGACCUUCCAACUCAACCCAUGGUAGUGAAGGCGAAAUUCUUUUCUAAACUUGCUGAGAAGAAGAUCAAGGAGGCCGGGGGAGCUGUUGUUUUAACCGCUUGAUCUUGACUCUGCAUGCAUGUUGUGCUGUAGUUUUCGGAAGGAUGCCCAGUAUGGUGUCUUAUGAGGUGUUGAUGUACUUAACUCGACAUUUUUGUGCUGAAGCUGAAUGUAAGAACACAUUAGAAAUGAAGAUCCAUUCUUGCCCAUCA